CCGUAGUUAAACUCUUCAUCGUGUGUAUCGAUCUUGUCCUCAACCUGCGCCUUUUUUAUAUACUAAAUUUUACUUCUAGAGAGAGAAAAAGAAAGAGAGAGGAAGCUAAAGGGAGAAAGAGAGAGAAAGAAUGAGUGGGAGUUUUUCAGCAUCCCCACCAUCAGCUAUAUAUUCUGGUAGUAUUCAAUCAAAAACCCAAAUUAGCCGUUGUAUCAAUCGCUCAUGGAGAUCCUCAGUUCCUACUCCUCCUUUGUCACGUGACUAUUCUCUCUUUUCCUCAGAUUUCAAGCUCAAACCUGUUAGCUUCAGGUGCAAUGGCAGCACCAGACCUGGUGGCCCUGGUCCAGGUGAGAAUGAUCCUAGAAGUGUUCUGGAUGCAUUUUUCUUGGGGAAGGCUCUAGCAGAAGCACUCAGCGAGCGUAUUGAGUCUACAGUUGGGGAGUUUUUAAGUUCAGUGGGUAGGUUGCAGGCUGAGCAACAAAAACAAGUAGUGGACUUUCAGGAGGAGGUGUUGGAAAGAGCUAAAAAAGCAAAGGAGAGAGCAGCACGUGAAGCCAUUGAAGCACAAGGGCUCAUUCCCACGUCAUCUACAGGGUAUUCAUCAAAGGUCUCCGACAGUGUUACUUCAACACCUGAACCCACGGCUGAUGAUGCUGCUGCUCCAGCAAUUUCACUCUCAUCCAACUCGAAUGACUCCCCUACUGAAACAAAUCCAGACCCCAUUAUAGGGGUAUCAAAUGACGAUUGAUUGUUCAUCUCCAUGUAUGAGCAUGUAUUCCCUACUCGCAGUGCAUCUUUCUCUUUCCAACAAAUAACGUCAUCAACUGUCCCAUGUCAUAUGCUUUUUUUCUUUCUGGAGUUACUGCUGCAGGAAAAGCUUCUUGUUAAAUUUUCAAAAGAUAAGUGAAAUCGAAAGAAAUUAUUGUAACCUCGUGUCUAAUGUGGAUUGUAGAUAUAUGCUACAAUAGUUUGAUAGCGUGUAUUUAUGUAAUGCAGCAUGGGUACAACAUGAGUUUUGGUUCUAUGAAUAUGAUAGUGAGAUUUUAUGGGCUUCAACAA